CAAAUAUUAUUGCAAAUUCUCUGGUUUCCUUUUUAAUUUUUUGCCCAAAAGAAAAAAAGUCUUUUUAUAUGUCUGGAGAUUAUUUCUCGAUUUCUCAAUCCGACAUGACUCAACAUGUUCCGAGAGAGAAACUGAGGGUUCAAGGGUUUGAUUCGGCGCCGCCCUUUCAAGAACAAGAAGAUGAAGGAGAACAUCACCGGCAGCAGGCGGCUUACGAGACCACCGGGAUGCUGUCCGAAAUGUUCAAUUUCUCGCCUGCUGAAUUGCUGGAGACGUGCCGGAUUCGGCCGCCGGAGUGGUUUCCCGGCCGACAAGAGACGGUGACGGGCGGUGGCGGCGACUGCAAACAGCAACACUUAUCGGGCGUUUACGCUGCGGCGGCGGCAGACAUGCAGCUUUUAGUUAUGAACCCGCCGCCGCCUGCCGCUCUCCAAGGCUAUGAUCAUCCCGCGCAGCCGGGAGGGCAUUUCGGUCAUUUCACAAACUCCGCUCCGGGAAUCGGAGGCGGUAAUGUUGUGGAAGGACGGGGACUGUCAUUGUCGUUGUCCCCGUCCUUACACAACCUUGAAGUGGCGGAGAAGUUCCGGGAACACGGCGGAAUGUUACUAUUCAGCCAAGGCGGCGGCGGAUUGGGCGGAGGAGGACACCGCCAUAUCCUCACAGGGUGGCAUGAUCAACCGGCCGGCGUGGGAGUGGUCAACGCGCUCAGGAAUUCGAAAUACGCCAAGGCGGCACAAGAGUUGUUGGAAGAGUUCUGCGGCAGUGUUGGGCAGCGGGGCCAAUUCACGGUGACCGGAGAAUUAAUUACCCCAUCCGCCGAACAAAACCCGACUCCUAAUAAUAACACCACCAGCAUGUCUCCGCCGCCGUUGUCGUCCUCCGAUCGAAUAGAGCACCGGCGAAGAAAAGUCAAACUCUUAUCCAUGCUUGACGAGGCGGACAAAAAAUAUGGGCACUACUGCGAGCAAAUGCAAAUGGUAGCGAACUCAUUUGAUUCGAUAAUGGGAACCGGAGCUUCGAAAACGUACACGUCCCUCGCCCAUGGGGCAAUGUCCCGGCACUUCAGGUGCCUAAAGGACGCAAUAGCCGCACAGCUGAGGCACAGCCGUGAGCUAUUGGGAGAGAAAGAAGAUGAUGACGAUUCUGCUUCCGUGUCUAAAGGAGAGACGCCGAGGCUUAAAAUCCUGGAACGAAGCUUAAGACAACAAAGGGCGGCGGCGUUAGUUCACCAUCAAAUGGGGCAUGGGCAGCAGGAAGGGUGCUGGAGACCCCAAAGAGGCUUGCCUGAACGUUCUGUUAACGUUUUGAGGUCUUGGCUCUUUCAGCAUUUUCUCCAUCCGUACCCUAGCGAUGCACAUAAAAAAAUCUUAGCUCGGCAGACUGGUCUCUCCCGCAGCCAGGUGUCAAAUUGGUUCAUCAAUGCAAGGGUUAGGCUGUGGAAGCCCAUGGUAGAAGAUAUGUAUCAACAGGAAGCCAAAGAAGAGGGUGAAAAGAGUACGGACAGCAGCCCUAACACCUCUGCUGGAAAUCAUCAUAAUAAUUAUGAUGAUAAUGCCAAUACUGCCCCACCGCCACUGCCACCGCCCCCCAUUGCAGCGGUUGCUCCACCCUCAUCAGCCGUGGUUACAACAGAAAUGGACGACGACAAAAAAUGUGAAAUGAAUAAUAAUGACCAAGAGAGUGGUGACCCUUCACCCCUCCUAGAUUUCGAAGCUGCCGGCCAAAUUAUUGGAUGGUCUGUGGCGGCCGGCGACGGCCUUGUAAGGCUCGGAACUGGCAGCUCCGGCGACAUCUCGCUCACCUUGGGGCUCCGCCACCAUGGGAAUUUACCGGGAAAGAAUGCAUGGUCUUAGGGGCCGUUUGUUUCAGCCUCUUAAUGGUUCAGAUGUCUGAAUGGUUCAGCACUUAAUGGUUCAGACUGUUUAUUUCGUGAGCAGAUGUCUGAAUGGUUCAGACAUUUGUCUCUGAAUGGUUAAGUAUUAUACAGAGUCUGAAUGGUUAAGACCUCUUAUCUGAAUUGAUCAGACAUUUGCCUCUGAAUAGUUAAGCAAUAUACUAGCUCUUAAUGG